CUGCGGGGCGGGAGCUGCUGCCCUUACUCAAGAUGGCGGCCCCGGCGGGCGGGGCCCAGGGUUCGCUGGCGGCGCAGAGGAGCGGCGGCAUGGCGGCAGCUGCCAAGGAGCCGAGUUGGGUGGACUGGGACGAAGAGGAGGAAGAGGAGGAGGAGGAAACAGAGCAGCUGGUUAUGGUGGAAUUAUCAGGAAUUCUUGAUUCAGACUUGCUCUCAAAAUGUGAAAAUAAAUGCAAGAUUUUGGGAAUUGAUACUGAAAGGCCCAUCCUGCAAGUGGACAGCUAUGUCUUUGCUGGAGAGUAUGAAGACACUGUUGGGACCUGUGUUAUAUUUGAAGAAAAUGUUGAAUAUGUGGAUGCAGAAGGCAGUAAUAAAACUGUGCUAAAAUAUAAAUGCCACACAAUGAAGAAGCUCAGCAUGACAAGGACUCUUCUGACAGAAAAGAAGGAAGGAGAAGAAAACAUAGGUGGUGUGGAAUGGCUGCAAAUCAAGGAGAAUGAUUUUUCCUAUAGACCCAACAUGAUUUGUAAUUUUCUGCAUCAACAUGAAGAGGAUGAAGCUGUAGCUCCAGACCCAGAUAAAUCUUUGGAGUUGGAAGAGCACGAGACUCAAAUGAAAGACAAUUCAAACCUGAGUUUUGAACAGGAGAAACCACCGAACUUGGAAAUAGAGGAUUCUGGUCCUCUUAUUGAUAUCCCUUCUUUUGAGACAGAAGGGUCUGUUUUUAUGGAUACUCAAGAAACUGCCUUAGAAAUCACUCCUAGAUGAAAUGUUUCUCAUAAUAACUAGUCAUGAACUUUUUAUAGAAUUUUUAUAUAAAAUAAUUGACUUUGUAGUUCACAAUUUUUACUUUUGUUAGCUAUAUACACAUUUCCAGUUAUAAUGUAGUUUAAUAUACUAGAAUCAUUAAGGACCGAAUAUGAGUUUUAAAAAAUAUGGUUUCAAGGACUAUAGGGACCAUUCUGUGAUGAGUCCUUUAAAAUGGAGGUUUUACUAAGGUAAGUUAAGUUUCUAUUGCAGCCAUUGCAAAUUACCACAUUUAAUGGCUUAUGUGUAUUAAGCUACAGAAGUGUAUUGUCUUUCACAGUUUUGUAGGUCAGCUGUUUGAGAUGGGUCUCACCUGGGCUAAAAUCAAGGUAUUUGUAGAACUUCUCUUCUGGAGGUGGGAUGGGGGACUCCAUUUCAUUGCUCAUUCAGUUUACAGAAUUCAGUUCUUUGCAAUUGAAGGAUCAUGGUCCCAUUUCCUUGCCGUUGGCCAAGAGCCAUUCCCAUAUUCCAGAGGCUGCCUGCAUUCCUUGACUCAUAGCUCCUUCUCUUCAAAGCCAACCAUGGUCAAGUUCCUCCCAGUCCUUGACUCUCUCCUGCUACUUCUGUCAUCCUAUUGAUGUUAGACCCUUCUGUCUUUAUUAGAUUACAUUGGGCACAUCUGGCUGACUUCCCUGUUUUAAGGUCUGUAACUUUAAUUCCAUCUGCAAAGUCCAUUUUGCCAUGUAAUUUAAACAGGCAUAACUGAAAAUUAUAGCAUGAAAAUACUUGGGAGGGGGACAUCUUCCAGUCUACCAACAUCGAUAUUACAAUUCUGAGAACAGAAUUCAGAAGUGCUUAAGGGUGAAGGUACAGUUCCUGAUAUUCCAGCUGUAAUUUCACUCCUUUUACUGAAGAAAGAUGAUUGGAAUUCAGCUGUAACAGUCAUUUUACUACAGUGAUACAACAUUGUAAAGCCAUUAUCCUCCAAUUAAAAAUUAAGUAUUAUGGUGAUAAGCUA